AUGUCAUGUGAAGCUAUCCGAAGUCGCGUAAUCGGCCCGAUACCCCAUCCCCGACUCAACUUCUCGAUCGCUUUCGCUAAAGGAGUGCAUACGGACUACGAGUUUCUGGAGAUGGGUCUCGCCACGACUUACAGCCCCGAGAAUCACUACUGUUUUGCCGUUGAUUCAAAGUCGACCCCCGAAUUUCAACAUCGUUUCCGGAUGCUGGCCAGCUGCCUGCCGAAUGUGUAUUUGACGCCAGUGAAAAGGAGCAUGACAUCAGCGGGUGCCUAUGUGAAUCGAGCCCAUUUGGACUGUCUCGAGGCUACCCUAGGCCGAAAAGCAGUGAAGUGGAUGACCCAGGACGUCAAUCUCACUACACUCAUCGAUCACCUCACCCACAAUAAGACCGGUUACGGUGUCGACGAGCAAUUCAUCGCCACACUGGCCCUUUCCGAGACGCUGCUGAUGCCGGGCGGUUUGCACCAUCGAUGUGGGGGAAAGCCGGGCUUCAGCUACUUUACGCGCUAUACCAUCUGGAAGGGCGAUUGUAAAACGCGGAAAUGGCGAAAGGGACGUGCAUUUGGGGCGAUC